GCAGGGGAAGGAUCUCUUAGCUGUUUCGGGUUGGGAUGGAUCUCUCCGUGUUUAUCAUUUUCCGACAAACCCGAUAAUUGCUGUUGAACAACGGGUUGCGAUGAAUAGUAAACCACUUUUGGCUCUGUCAUUUUAUAAUAAGAAGGAGGUUGCUAUGGGUGGGUUAGAAUGUGUUGUAAAGACGUAUAACAUUGAAACGUGUGCGGAAAGUGUUAUCGGUAGACAUGAAGAGGCUGUGAGAUGUUUAGAGUAUUGUAAGGAUCACGCUUUAAUAGCUUCAGGUGGAUGGGAUUCUACGAUGAAGUUGUGGGAUACAAGGACGAACACCUCUGCCGGUUUUGGAAACAAUGGCGACAAAGUCUAUGCAAUGGAUACACUGGGAAAUAGAGUAAUUGUGGGUACAAAAGACCGUAAAGUCAUUAUCUGGGACGUACGGAAUUUAGGGGAACCUGAGCAAGUGCGAGAUAGCCCGCUGAAGUAUCAAACUCGAGCCGUAAAAUGUUUCCCUCGCGGUGAUGCUUUUGUGGUGUCGUCAAUAGAGGGACGUGUCGCAGUUGAGUAUUUCGACCAGUCACCAGAAAUCCAAAAAAACAAAUACGCAUUCAAAUGCCAUCGAGAAAAAGAAGAAUCUGGAAUCGAGCUGAUUUACCCUGUUAACUGCAUUGCUUUUCAUCCGAUCCACAAUACUUUCGUGACGGGAGGCUCAGAUGCUCUAGUUAAUAUGUGGGAUCCAUUUAAUAGAAAAAGAAUAUGUCAACUGCACAAGUUUUCAACUAGUAUCAUGAGCGUCUCAUUUAAUACUGCGGGAACACUGUUAGCAAUAGCAGCGUCAUAUAUGGGAGAACUUAAAAGGCAUCCGAACCCUGAACCGGAGAGCAUGGUAGUUGUUCGUAAAAUAACGGAUGCAGAAGCAAAGCCAAAGUAA